AGAUGCAAAUAGAAGAUGACACGUCAGCACAGUGUUACGAGUGUGAAAAAAAAUAUCACAAACGCCGUACCAAAUGGUACCAGAGAGCAAUAUUACGCCAAUGGAGGUCGUAAGAAAACACCUUAUAAGAGAAUAAAAUACUUUAGGGGCUGGAUGAGUCACAUCCAAGGUAAUCGGCCCGUAUAUCUUGAUGAGCAAGUAAAGAAGAAAAUUAUAGAUCACUUAGAAGAGCCAACACCACAAGGUUUAAGAAGAACGCUGAAAAAAAUGAAGCUAGGGAAAUAUUACAAAGACUUCAAGAAAGAAGGCGAAAUAUUACAAAACGAAGAAGAUGAGUCAAUAGUCUACGUUUUUGACCGCAGGGAAGGAAAUAAGCCCGAACAUCGCGUCCAACUUGGAGGAAUUUUCAAUUUUGCCGCCUUCAGAGAGAAAGUUUGCCAAGUCCUCGAAAUAUCCUCUGAAGAAAAGUUUAUUUUUGUCAAUACGAACAGACAAGCAAUCGAAGAUGAUAAAACAUACGAGAGCCUAAUCAAUGACAGCGAAACCAUCUAUCUGCUUAAAUCUGUUGAUCAAGAACUCACAGCUCCUACACAAGAGCGAGUUGUAUUCAUCCCACAUUAUGAUACUCUGGUUAAGAGUGGCAUGUACGAGUACUAUGCUAGCGAAGGCCAGAAUCCACUUCCAUUUGCAUUUGCAGAACUUGUAGACAAUGCAUUAGCAGCUACAGCUGGCAAUGAAGGAGCUAGAUCCAUAGAAGUCAGACUAAUGUUUGAUGAUGCUACUGGUAGACAUGCUGUAUGUGUUAUGGAUAAUGGAGGUGGCAUGACCCCACGUGAGCUCAAUAACUGGGCAAUCUAUCGCUUAUCUAAAUUUAACAGUGCCAAAACAAACAAAAAGCCUCCAGUAGAUGAUGAUGUCCCUCGUUCACUGAAUAGUGAUAUAUCAUACUUUGGUGUUGGUGGAAAACAAGCAAUCUUUUUUAUCGGAAGUGCAACAAGGAUGGUUACAAAAACCAAAGACUGCAAUGAUGUACACGAACUAUCAAUCUCAAAAGAAGAAUUCGAAAGAAAAGAAAAAAACAAAGAAUCAAUUUACAGUGGUACAAUUAGAAACAGAAGACCAGGAGACAACAGCCAUGUACCAGAGGAAGAGGACAGUGUGAGAAGACUAAUAAAAGAAGAGGUUGAUAGAGAAAGUUUUACUGCUGUGGUCAUUACAGGUGUUUCCUCUCAGCACAGUCAGUAUCUCAAAACACAGUUCAACCAGUGGUGCCGACAACUAGCGCAUAUCUAUCACUAUUACCUGCAUGGUCCUAGGGGAAAUGAGGUCAAGGCAGAUAAAGAUGUCGACAAAUUCAAGAACAUUGAUAUCAAUAUUGUACUCCAAGAAAAGGGAAAGCAGCCCAAGGGAAAGGCACUUCGUACUGUGGAUGACGACUUACAAACCCAGUACAUCAGAACAUCAGCGUCAACUUUUGAAUUCCGAGCUCAUGUGGAAAAUGCAGGCUGCAUAGAAGGAGUGCUGCGCUAUCAUCCUUUUCUUUAUGACAGAGAAACUUAUCCAAUGAAUGAGUCUGAAAUGAAAGUUGAGGAGGUGAAUGCAAGUGUGGCAGCAGAUGAUGCAAUGGAUGCACUAGAAAAAGACAGCCAUGCACCUAGAGGUUACAGGCCCAUAUUUGAAUGUUACUGGAAUGGUAGACUUAUUCCAUACACAGCCGUUGAUUCGCUGGAAUGGUGUCAACCACCCAAGAAAAGGACCAUUAUACCCUCAGAGUGCUAUAACAGGUUUUCUGGUGUCCUUUGGACUAAUGAUGCAUUCCAAGUCAGCACCAACAAACUUACUUUUAUGGAUCUUGAAGUGAAGCUCAAGGACAAAAAUACAAUUUUUAAUCGAGUCGUGAGUUCACAGGCCAAACCAAAUGGGUGUUAUUCAUCAAGUUCUUCUUAUGGUAUUGGGCUCAAGGAACAAAGAGUUCAGAUUUCAAAAGCCUUCCAUGACUGGAUUAAGGAAUGCCAUGAAAACCAUGAUAAACAGAUAAAGUUUUCAAACUUCCAAGGACAAGUGAAGAGACCAGAAUUGACCCAGAAGAAAAACCAAAGCCCUUGGUCAGUGUUCAAUGCCAUUGAGUGGGAUGGUAAAGUGUUCAAAGCUGGACAACUGAUAAGAACCAUAAGGACUAUUCCCUAUAUCUGUGGUACAGUUAAAAGGUUCUUGUUAUUUGGUGACUUUGAAGGAGAUGUCUUUGCUACUGGAGGAGAAAUGGAGAUUGUACAGGAACCAGUGUCUUUGUAUGGAGAGAACAAAGUUUUCCCUUUAGCCAAGCUAGACAGAACUUUGACAACAGCACAGGUGAAGAAAUUUGUAGAAGAGGAAGAAAGCAAAUUGCCAAGUCGUUUAGUGAUUGCCUGGCCAGAAGGAAACAAGCUUGAUAAUAAUUCUAAAAUACCAGCUGGAACAACAAUAGGUGCAAUGAAGGUAGAUAUAGUGAACGGCAAGAAUGAACCUAUUAACAAACUGCCUGGAGAUAGAAGAAAACUGCUUGUUGAGCUAAAAGUCAUCUGGCAUGGUUCAGAUAAAGAAGGUGAUAAAGUGAUAACAAACCUUGUUUGCCAACAUGGAGGCAAAAACUGGCCAUACUGGUUCAGAAAGAUGGAAAAUAUCACCCAGCUUGGUCCACAUUCAUUAGCUCUACAAGUCAUUGUGAGUGAGAGUUCAACAGUCCAAGCCAUGAAAGGAUUGCCAUCAAAUCGCAUAAAGUUUACUGUUACAGAGGCUAAACCAGACAAGUUUACAUUUGGUAUGCUGGACAUUCCAUUGAGAGUUGGAUUACCAUUCCAGAUUCCUCUGAAUCUCUUUGAUGAAUUUAACAACCCCUCAAAGUUCUCUCAAGAUAUUUUACCAGUGCUCAGUGCAAGUGGCCUUGAAUUGAGUUUUAGUGGUACUUCAUCUAAAGGCAACAGUCUGAUAAUCAAAGGUGUGGUUGCUGUGGGAACCAUUCCUUCACAUGCAGGCAAGGAUUUCAAUCUAAAGGUAACUUUACCUGGACUUGAAGAAGAUUCUCAAAGCUUAAAAAUAAGACUUCUUCCUGGUCCUCCAUAUAAAUUGGUCGCAACUCCAGCAGAACCUGAAAUUACUAUAGAAAAUGGUAAUCAAUUGCAACUUAAUGUUCAAGUGCAGGAUAAGGCUGGUAAUGUCACAGUUAACCCAAGACUCAACGUAGUAUGCAAGCUAAGUUCCCAACCAAAUCUCCCCACAUAUACUGGUGAUUGCAGUUCUUCUGGCAAAUGUUCCCUAACUGGACCUGACAUCUCUCUCAGACUUCACRAUAACAAAGCCAUGAAAAUCAAAGCUAAAAUAGAACUACAGCAUCAUAAAGAGGUGGCCCCAAUUGAGAAGACAGUAAUUGUGACUCCCAGUACAAAUGCCGGACAAAUAAUAGUCUUCCAUCAGGCAUCUGGAUCUAAACAGAAGUUAAAGCUUGAAGAUGGACAAGAUUUGUCAUGUGUGGUUGGGAGCACUAUCACAGGGCUAAGUUUCAAGAUUUUAGAUGAAGGUGACAGAGAACUCCCCCUAGACAACACUUUAAUUAAUAAAUUAAAAGUCAAUUGGAUCCAAAAAACAAAUAAAGAAAUGCUCAAGCAAGGGAAUCUGCCUGAAGUUAAGGCCCCAACAUCUGCAUCUGAGUCCAAAUACUGUCAAGUGCAUUUAAUUGGUUCUGUUGGCUUAGACUUCUCUUUCACAUUGAAACCAACCCCUGAUGAGCCCUUUAUUUUAAAGUGCACCUGUGCAAACCCUAAGCUGAGGUUUGGUGAACCAUUACAAUCAGAAAUCAUUGUCCUGAUAACUGACAGAUAUGGCAACAAGAUAACCAAGCUCCCUCCAGGAGCCCUCAAGCUGUUCCAUGUCUCUGCACCAGGUUUGAAGGAAAAAGAAGUUGGGAUAGGUCUCUCUCAGAGUGGUUCAAUAGUGAUCAAGAACAUCCAGUUUGAAAGUGGCUCUCUUGGACCCAAAGAACUAACCAUCCAAUGGGAGAAGCUCAAAUACUACCUGCGAUUAGAGGUCGUUGCUGGAGUCCCUGCAAAACUAGCCCUUGUAAAUGUCAAUACGACAGAGCCUCUCUCUGUCUACAACAACACAGCCAUCCCAGUACCACUUGUCGUCCAGUUGUGUGAUGAAAUGGGGAAUGCUGCAGCUGAAGCAGACAUUAAAGUUGUAUUAAACACUGACAAGGGUGUUAAGCUGACACCAAAUGCUUUACAACAAAAGACCAAUGCAAAAGGGCAAGCAAGCUUUGGUCAACCAGUGGUUAGUGCUCCAAGGGGCGUGUAUGGUAUCCGUAUCAAGGCAUUAUGUCAAGGCAGAUCCCAUCUUGAAGCUCCUGUCAUAAAUCUCAGAUUGGAGCCUGAUCCAUCAAAGCCUGUCAAACUCAAUGUUACCUUCAACAAAAAUGCACCUUGUCAAGUGGGAGAACUAUUACCAGUUGUGUCUGCCCAUGUUGUUGCUGAAGAUGACAGCAUUCUAAAGGCAGCCAGUGCAAAGGAUGUUGUGCUCAAGAUAUGGCACACUAAGGAUGGUCCACCCUCUGAGAAACCACCUCCAAGGGCUACCACCUUGUAUCCAUCACGGAAGGCAGCAGGAGACAAAGAAGGAGAAUUCUACUUCAGAGAUCUAAAGGUCCCUGAUGUUUCUGGUCCUCACUGCAUGGUGGUCCAGUAUGGCCCUGGAGGUGCCCUGUCCUUGACAAGUAAAAUGAUAACUUUUACAGCCCAAGCUGGACCCCCUGUCAGACUAGAACCUGAAUCUGUCCCUCCAACGCCGACUGUAUCCAACACUAGUAGAAUUACUGGCCGAUGUCUGGUUAAGACACUCAAGUUGCAGUUAAAGGAUAAAUAUGAUAACCUGUCUGGAGAGAAAUUACAAGGAAAAGUGACCAUCAAGGUCAUAAGCAUAAUCGACGGCAUUGAUGAGAUUCCAUCACUGGCCAAUGCAAGCCGUAACAAUCAAAUAGAGAUUCCCUUGGUCAAAGGAACAGCUACUGUUCAAAACCUGUACAUACAAGAAAACACAAAUGGCAAGGAUGGUCAAGAGUAUGUGCUGAACUUCCAGGCUGUCCUGCCGUCCAAAGCUACACCUCAUCCUGUUCCUCCUUUUACCCUGGCAUUCUUGUUUUAUAAUGAUGUUCGUAAGCAACAACAAAUGGCUCAGCUCACCAAAGAAAGAGAUAACUUGUUUGAGACCAUCCGUACCUACAGGUCAUUGUUUGACACCACGCGACAACUUAUCCAGGAAAUGAGAGUGUCUGUACAUGAGGCAGCCCAAGAAGAACAGAAAUUAAAAGCAGAACUGAAGAAACAUAAUGUUGCCGAACAGCACUUAGGAUCAGUAAGGGGUGUUGAGUCGUACCUAGCAACUGUUGUCAAAAAGAGAGACGAAUUGGCUAAAGCUCCCAGGAGACAGUGUAAUCUGAACCCUGGGCCAAGAGGUGACCCUGAAAUACUUGGAAAGGUGGCUCACUUGGCUCAAGUAGCAGAUGAUGAUGUUGCUCGCGUUCUGUCCUGGCACAUGGCUAGUGAUAUGGACUGUGUUGUCACACUUACAACUGCCAAGGCAAAAGAAGUAUACCGUGACUCCAAUGGACAACAACAAGUGCUCCCUCUAGACUCCAUCUAUAAACAACGACUUCCUGAAUGGAACAGACCCCUCCCUCACAUCAGAAAUGGUCCACGUAACUACAACCCACCAGGAAAUCCAGUGUAUGCUCGUGACAAGCUGAUAUUUCCUGCUGAAGCUGCUAAUUGUAAAAUAGUGUUUGGCAUGCUUCUUGGUGAUACUAUUAUCUUAGAUGACCUUGACUGUGCCAAUAAAUACAGACAAGAGGUUGUAAAGUAUACCCAUUGUCCUACGAUAUUAACAAGAUCAGGGGAUAGAAUCCGCAGUAAUGGAAAAUUUGGAGGAUUGCAAAACAAAGCACCUGUGUUAGAGAGAAUGCGUGGAGCUGUUUUUGCAGCACCAGUACCUACUUCUUACAGCACUCUCUCCACACAAAUCGAACAAUUACAAGCAUACAAACAAGCUCAAAUAAAACACCAGCAGGCCAAGUCUGAUUUGGAGCUCCAGUUGCAACAAGGUCAAACUGAUCAAAUGAAAAUCAAGCAUAGAGAAUGUCAUGAUGCAGAAACCCAACUGCGUAUGAUUGAAGAACGCUUGGGAAUGACUCCAACACAGUACGACAUGCCUGCAAGCCCAGCUACCAUGCUGCACACAGAACUAAGCACCCCUCUGAGCAGAAGUGCUAUAGCUAACGGAAGAAUACAGGAGUCCAGUUCACCUGUGCUUAAUGGUACGGCAAGUAAUACAAGGACCAGGAGAGCCUCCCCUCUGAACUCUGAAGAACCAAGAAGCAGCAAGAGGAUUAGGAAAUCAUGAUGAAAUAUUUUAAUGUCUAUCGAUGCCUUCUCUCUUUCGUCACACUUCUAGUAGAGAUCAAAUUCUAUUCAUACCAUUUGUGCUGAUCAUUAUUUUUAAGAAAAUUGUUAUUUUUUUCUGGAUUUGAAGAUCAUUUAAGCACUGUAAUAUAAACUGACAUAAUCUGGCAUUUGUCUUGUAACGUUAAUAUUUGGUCUCAUUGAAGUUGCAGAGUAAAGAGAAUGAUUGCUUAUGUUACCGUAUUCAUCUAGGCAUUAUCAUGAUUGAUAUAAAUCAAUGUUGAAUCACUGUAAUUACAUAGUAC